AUGAUUUCAAAACUUUUAAUAAGUUAUAUAAGUCGUGGUUUACAAUUAUUAUUUUCAAUAAUUUUAUUAGCUGUAAGUGCUGCAUUUUUAGGUAAAAUUAAUUGGAAUUAUCCAAGAGUUUCAUAUAAUAUUGCAGUUUCAGUUUUAACAUUAAUUUAUUUAGGUUAUAUAAUUUCAAUUUCAGGUUUUUUAAAAAAUCAAACAUGGCCUUUAUUAAUUAUUAUAAUUGAAUUUGUAUUUUGGAUAUUUUAUUUAGCUGCAUGGGCUUCAAUUGCUGACUUUAUGUGGGCUUCAGAUUGUGGAAAUUAUUAUUAUUCAGAUACCAAGACUGCUUGUCAAUUAUAUAAAUCAAUUUUACCAUUUGGAUUAUUUAAUUGGAUUUUAUUUAGUAUUGAUUUGAUUUUUAUAACUAUUUAUAUAAUUAUUCCAUAUAUUAAAAAUGGAAUUUUCAAUCAUAGUUUACAACCAAAAGAAUUUAUUUGGGGUUCAAUUUUCCUUAAUGGAGAAGUUGCAACUGAUGUUGUAAAUAGAAUUGAAACUCCUGAUGAAGAACAAGCCAAAGCUGAAUUAGAAAGUGAACCAAGUCAAGCUCAAGCUCCAACUCAAGCUAAUUAUACCAAUACUACUACUGAAGUUCAACCUUAA